UGUACAUCCCGUGCUAAGUAAAGCAGGGAUGCUGCUGGGUCCAUUCUCAAAGGCGGGUGCCUUGAAGCUGCUGCUGACCUCCCUCCUCCUAUCCCAAGGUUCCAUGAAAUUUCACAAGAAUAUCGGGGAGACUUGUAGGUCGCACAUGGAAUGCUACAGCGAGUGCUGUGUCUAUAACAACAAAAUGGAACAGCUUUGUACCAGGAGGACAAUUUUCUUGCAGUGCAGUGGUUGGAAGAAGCCCACUGGAUAUUUAUGCCAUCACCCCUCUGAGUGCAAAAGCAACUGUUGUGUUUCUACCACCUCUAAUCCCCGGACAGUUUGUGUCCAAAGGACAAUUUUCAUGCAGUGUUUUUCUUGGAAAAAGUUGGAAGGAGACACCUGCUCUAGUCAUGAAGAGUGUCAAAGUAAAUGCUGCCUCAGCACAUAUGACGAUAUUUACCAUUGCAUCCCCAAGACAGGAAUGCUCAUCAAAUGUUUACUUCAGGCUGAGAAUAAAGUUGAAGCUGAAGAGGAAACAACACCAAGAAGUGACAAAAGAAAAUGGCUAGGAAGAUGAAGGGUAUCCCAGUGGAGCAGCCAGUGACAUCACCC